GUACAGGCCGCAGAGGAAGCAGACGUGUCCCACUUUCAGAUUAGUUUCAGCGGACAGAUGAAGGCAGACAGCACCGGUGGCAACAUGGGGGACAAAGCCGACGUGGAAAUAUCAGAAAACCCAUUUGAACCUUACAUUGAAUUCCUACGACAGCAACUGGAAGACCAAGAUCCCAUAUUUCUGAUCGGAUUUAUAGUCGCUUUAGCGGUGGUUUUCAUUACCUGUGUGUUUCUGAAGUACUUCCUCACUAGUAAAACUGUCCGAAGUGCUGUGCUGCUGGUGGGUCUGUGUGACUCGGGGAAAACGCUCCUGUUCAGCCGGCUGUUGGCAAGUAAAUUCAAGCGGACACAGACCUCCAUCACUGACAGCAGUGCUCCAUACAAAGCCAAAAACGACCGAGGCAGCGCCUGGACUCUGAUUGACCUGCCAGGACAUGACAGUCUCCGCUCUAUGUACCUGGAGAAGUUCAAAUCUGGAGCCAGGUAAGAAAAGGAACAACCUACCUAAA